GCAGUGUCUUGAUGCAAACCUACGCUCGCUGGCUGGAGCGUGAGUUGAAGCAAGUGAAGUCUGAGCUAGCAUUAAGCCUGUACCUAAUCCAUCUCCAGAAGCAUUUCAAAGCUGUCCCAUAAGGGGGAAUAAAUAGGUGCGAGAUGCAUCUCAGGAUAGUAGAUUAGGGUGAGUUCUAAUGGCACCUUCAAAGGCGGCAGCCGCGCCUCGCAGUCCGCUGAAGGCCUCUCCCGAAGAGCUCGGCGUACUAGCGUUGCUUGCUGAGGGCAAGCGGUUUUAUGCAGAGCGCGUGGUAGCAAAACGUGACAACAACGUGGAUGGUGGAUACUCGUCCAGGCCGCCAGAUUCUCCUGACGCACCUACAACACCGCAGGAGGAAAACACGUGGACACUAGAGCAGGAAAUGGAGGUGGAGCAUAGACGGGCUACAGGUCUUAUGCAUCGCUACUUUCAUCGAUGGACGCAGUUGAAUCGGGCUCAGCGCCAUGUCGACUUUGGUGAUCGUAUAGCGGAGUUUGGCACUGAAGUUUUUCAGCAGCGCUUUUUAAAGAAUGCGAUCCGAGUUCACCCCAACCUUGAUGUUAUGAGUUGAUACAUCAUACAUAUAUAUGAUAUGUGAUAGUACCCUAAAUAAUAACUUUGAUAUUGAAGUUUGUUAUGAGCACCCUAGUAACCUUGAGAUUGAAGUUAUGAGCACCCUAAACUUGAUGUUACUUCUUUCAUCGAGAAGAUUGAUCGUCUUCUUUGCACGUGUUUUUCUGCUUCAAAUCUUCUUUCAUCUAGGACAACAGCGGACAAGUACAUUCAUUCCAUCAUUCUCUUCGGCGAGUCUCAUGUGUUUGUUAUCCUCGUUCCUGGCGUGGUUAUUCGUCCAUGAUUAUCACCCUUCCCUGUCCACUAUCACUUUCCUUCUUCGUUCAUCACUAUCAUCCCUUUAUCGGUAUCAUCCUCCCAUUGUUAUCACCCGUACAUUUUUUGUAGCCUUGCAUCGUUUUUAUCACCCGUACGUUGUUAGUAGCCUUGAAUCGUUUUUAUCACCCGUACAUUUUUAGUAGCCGGAGAUCGUCACGAGCCUUACAUCGUGAUUAUAUUUUAUACGUCCUCGCUCAUCAGUCAAAAACCUAGUCCUUCAACAUCUUAUAUAUACGUCUUCAUAUCUCCUGAGCAUAUGCAGAAAGCGAGCUGGCCGUGGGAGACGUUUCACGGUGGUGUCCAGUUCUUAGCAACCAAAGAUCCGAACUUCAGAGAAGUACCGGUGCUAACUGCGGAGCAUUCCAUAUUAUGCUGGCACUGCCAACACGUAUUUAGCAAAUAAGUAGGUACCCAGUUCUAUGAUUAAGUAGCAAAUAUGUACUAACAAGUAGAAGUAUACUUGGGAAAUACUGCUACGAAGUAUGAUUAAGUACUAUAAGUGUAACUACUUCUAACAAGAGUAGAAGAAGUAUACUUAGACGAAAUAAGUAAGUGUAAGUCGGUCAGUGGAUGUUGGCGCUUCGAUGUAGUUUGAGUGAUGGUGAUCAUAGCAAUAUUGGGUGAGGGACACUCCUAUACUACUAAUAAGUAUGCUGCCUGUUGGUCACUACGGAGAGGCAGGAAGGUGUAUUUUCUCUAAUAAGAUCACAGCUUGGGGAUAUGCAUCGGGCUGUAUCAGAUCCGGGUGUUCGGUUUAUCCCAGACCUGUACCGAGAGCAAAGCUGCUAGGAACAGGUUACGCAUCAGCAGCUAGAAGCAGGUUACGCUACUGACAAUUGUGCGGAGGUGGACAAGGCCAAAUUUCUGAAUUAUCGUCGGCAGGAGAAAGUAGUCAAGCAGCAUUUCCCUUGAUAAGACGUUGUUCGUCUAGCAGCUGCGGAGGCCGACAGUGCGAUCGUUGAAGUAGCGAAGAAAUUGGAGAGAUUUCCGAUUUCCAUAAUGAUUUCUGGCGUAGAAAUAGGGGGGGCGUAAGUCAAGAUCGUAAACAGAGUCCGUUUUCACGACCCUACGGGGGCGCAAGUAGGCUUCCUAUUUAAGAUCGUAGAAAUGCGGCAGUCGCAGCUGCGGGGAGGCCGGUGCCGGCAGGUACACCGGACAACACUGGGAUCACCCUUUCGGCGUUCUCGCACUACAAAAAAAAAAGGCAACCUGAUUGAUUGAUUGCUUGAAUGUCAACGAUAGCGCGUAGAUCUUCGGACGACAACUGGCUACUCCUGAAACAACCAUGACAAUGAAAAGCUCUGACUGUAUCUAUCACUUGUUUAUCAUCAUCUACCGUGUAAGAUAUUGCUAUAGCGCUAUCUGUGUGAGAUAUUGCUAUCAUUUGUUUAUCAUCUGUGUGAUCCACGAAUAGCCACUGCGGUAGUAGCUUUUGGUAGGUGGGUGCUGGUGCAUAAGCGGUGUAGAUGAAGGAGCGGCGUGACUUUUUGAUGAAGACAAGUCAACAGGGGCUUUGAUUAAUUGUCUCUGUUGCUCUGAUGUUUUGUGGUGCUUCCUAUGACAGACCGUUAGCAGUGUCAUCGCUGCAUAGUAGAAAUAACAAAUUUGGGGAGCAUCGAUUUCCACGACAUGGACCCCUUAGGAUAUUUACGCCUCGAAACGGUAUAAAUCUCUCUACGUCCGCUCACGUACUUUGUGUUAGGCCCCCCCAGUGAUCCAUGCCUGUGGGGCAUCAUUGGGCUGCCGUGCCGUACCAAAGUACAUGGAUCACUGCUGUCGUCACCAAGAACAGGCUAGGCUGUACUGCAAUCAAGUCCUAGAUGCAUCUCUUCAACAGGAGUCCUUUAGUUAGGUCAUUUCUAUUCAGGUCGUACUGCAAGUUCUUCUUCUUCUUCUUCUUCUUCUUCAAUGAGUCGCAUUUUCCUGACAGGAUAAGCAGUCUUGUACUUUUGAUACUACUGAUGUACUACGUCUACGUAUGAAUGAGUACUUCACCAACUUACUGUUGAUACUUCAGUUUCGGAAUACUGAUCAGGGCAACUUCCACACACCAUGACCGAGAUGAAGUCAGAUUGAUAUCGAAUGCCCCCAUCGAGAUCGACAGUUUCGGAAUGCUGCUCAGGGUGAAUCAGCUUGACCGUGGAAGCAGAUGGCCCUGGCUGCACGAGCCUGCCCUCCGCGAGCCCAUCAGCCAACAAGUUCAAGAAGAAUACCGAGAUCCAGAUGGUUAUCAAAACUACAUCACCCCAUUUAGUGAGUCGGAUCAUCCAUCGCCACCGGUUGAGCCAUUCGUAGUGUCGGGAAACUGGCACGUGAGUAUCCUCUUCAUGAUAAAAUCAUGAUAUCGCGAGAUCAUGCGUACUACAGUAAUC